GCUGUGACUCGUGCUGUGGUGUUUUGACUGCAGCACGUGAGCCCCAUCCGCGGUACAUGGAGUUCCAGCGCGAGCAGCUGAGGGGAGAUGUCCAGGAAAAGAGCCGCAGAGUCGGUGUCGGUGCCCAGCAGCACCCCGGAGAGGAAGCGGGCCUGCUGGGGCGUUCUGAUCAGCCAAGGGUCAUGGGCAGAUCGCUCUCCGCUCCAUGACGCAGCGUCUCAGGGUCGCCUGCUGAUCCUGCGCAGGCUGCUGGCUGAGGGAUAUCAAGUAAACAUCAAGACCAUCGACCAAGUGACGCCCCUCCAUGAAGCCUGUCUGUCUGGACACGUGGCAUGUGUCAGGGCGUUGCUAAGUGCUGGAGCUAAUGUGAAUGCUGCCACCAUCGACGGCGUCACUCCCCUGUAUAACUGCUGUGCAUCAGGGAGCGUCGGGUGUAUGGAGCUGCUGCUGCAGAAUGGAGCGCACAUGCACACACUUCACACACACUUCCCUUCGUCUAUGCAUGAAGCCUGCAGGAGAGGGAACAGCCAGUGUGUGGAGACCCUUCUUUCUCAUGGAGCAGAUCCAGACUGCCAGGUCCCCCACCUGGGCUCCCCUCUCUACGUGAGCUGCCUGCACCGACACGCAGCCUGCUCAAAGGUUUUGUUGGACAAAGGAGCCAGUGUUAAUGCAGGGAAAGGCGGUGAAAGCCCUCUGCAUGUAGCUGCCAGACAGGACAGCACAGAUCUGGUGUCGGUUUUACUCGACCAUGGCGCUGAAACCAAGCUCAGAGAUGGAAACGGCCAGCGGCCUUUAGACCUCGCUCCGCCUGGUGGAGAAACACACCAGCUGCUGGUGGCAUUCGAAGCGUCCCCCAGGAGUCUCUGCCAGCUGUGCCGUCUCCGGAUCAGGGCCGUGAUUGGGCGAGCCAGACUCAAGCAGCUUCCUCUCCUCCCUCUUCCUUCACUUCUCACUCAAUAUUUGGAGCACACAUAAGAGCCAUAGGCUGCAUGCUCUCUUGUAGUUUUCUGUCUCCAAUGCAAAAACAGAAAAUGUUGGCAAGUAUUUUUGGUCUAGUUUCUAGUGCAAAUAUCUCAGUACACCUGAAAUAAGACAAAACUGACUUAGAAGUAACUUUUCAGUAAAUUUUCAGCAAGAAGUAGCAGCUUCUUCUAUGUAAGUCCGUAAUAUUAAUGAAGAAGUACUAGUGAUGAGUACUUCAAGACAUUUUCCCCAUGUUAUUUCACUCAUAACUAGUACUUUAUCAUCAAAAUUUAGGAAUUGUUGACUUAAUAGGGCAAUAUUAUGUAUUUUCCAGGCAACUAUAGCACCAUCAACUAACUAUGUUAACUUUAGUUGUUAUAAAAAUGAUAUAUAUGUCAAAUUUGACUCAAAAGAAAUUUUACGUCCUAAUUUAACGCCUUGAAAUUGGGCUUCUGCCU